UAUUGUUCGGCGAGAAAUAUAUAAAACAGUAUGGUGUGAUGGCAAUUUAAGCAGAUCAUGCGAGAUUAUAUCGAGGGUAUAACCUCAAGCGAGCAACAUUCUUGCCCGUAUGAAGUUAAUGUUGGAGGAAAAUAUGUUUAAAUAUACAUGACUAUAGAGAGAAUACUUGUGAGGAGAGUUAUAUAAGUAAAUUAGUGCUGGCUUCUUUAUGGCUUGCCAAUGAUGUUUUACAAAAAAGGAAUAUUGGAUUUUUUCCUCAGAUUGAGUUCUACAAAACAAAAAUGACCUAGGUUUGAGACGUUCUCUCCAUAAAAUAAGUUUGACGGAAAUAAGACCCAUUGCAGAGAAUGGAUGUAACAUGGACGGUCAACAUUUUACAUACUUUUCUGUGUACAUUUCUGUGUUGGAGCUUUCUAGUCACCAUCAUCGAAUGUAGAGAAAUCGGUCAUCGCACGAGUAGCCCGGAGUUUUCAUAUGAGGAUCGGCUGAUUAAACACCUACUACGGAGGUACGAAGAAAGGGGAAAGUAUGGAAGACCGGUCAGUAAUUAUUCCGACAUAGUCGAACUCAGAUUCGGUCUUCAACUGAUCCAGAUUAUGAAUUUGGAUGAAAGAAAGCAGAUUUUAACCUUGAACGUUUGGACAAGUUAUCAAUGGACCGAUGUUCACCUAAGGUGGAAUGUCACAGAAUUUCAUGGAGUGAACAAGAUCAACAUCCCUGCCACUGAAAUAUGGACGCCUGAUCUAAGACUCUACAAUUUUGCCGAUGAACGUUUGCAUGAAAGGAGAGACUCACUCUGUAUCAUUGAUAAUAACGGGUCGGUUGUGUGGAUUCCGCAAGCCAUAUUCAAAAGUUCGUGCAAGAUUGAUGUCAAAGCCUUUCCUUUCGAUAAACAGAAGUGUCAUCUAAAAUUCGGAUCGUGGACGUACGAUGGGUUAAAACUCGAUUUGUUUUUCAAAGACGAUAAGGAGGAAAUGGAUUUAAGUGAAUUUCAGAAAAGUAACGUCUGGCAUGUUUUAGCAGCCAUGGGAGAAAAAAAUAUCGAAAAAUACACGUGUUGUCCGGAGCUCUUCAUUGAUUUGACUUUUCGGUUGACUAUUCGCCGGAAAGCUACGUUCUAUGCGUACACGCUUAUUUUACCAUGUGUCUUGCUGACCUCAUUGACACUUAUUCUGUUUUGGAUUCCGGCCGAGUCUCCUGCAAAACUUACCCUUGGCAUGAGCACUUUCAUGGCGUUCUUUAUCUUACUGAUUAUCUUCGAGAAUAAUCUACCACCCGCUGCCACCUCCUUCCCGGUUAUAGGAAUGAGUAUUUUCAUGGCAUACUUCGUUCUGUUGUCCAUCUUCCAACGUAAUAUACCACCGUCUGAAACGUCCCCAGUUCUAGGUACCUAUUAUUGUGUAAACAUGGUGUUGAUCACAAUGUCUUCAUUCCUUUGUGUGUUUGUCGUAAACAUGUCCGUUUCUGGAACUAGGUACCCGGUUCAUCUACCGAAGACGCUUAAAAAGGUGAUGUUCAUGUAUGUUGCUCGGGUAUUGUGCAUGGAUAACCUCGUCGCACCUUUCCUGGAGGAAGUUCACGUGACAUGUCCUAAUACGUCUCGGCGUUACAUGGGAGUGAAUGGUGAUGGGAGUAAAUUCACAAACGAUUGGAAAGGUUCCUGCGAGACUUUGAUCACUGUCCCAAAAGACAGCAGUACGGAAUUGUCCAUCAUUCAUACGAAGGUCAAUGAAAUACGAAACUUCAUAAAAGUUUAUAAAGAGAGACUAGAGGAAAAGGAUCGAAAAGAAAAAAUAGCAAAGGAAUGGAAAGCUCUGGCGUUGAUAUUUGAUCGAAUUUUCUUUAUCAUUUACAUUACAACAAUAAUUGUCUCGUUAAUUGUUGUGUUACCCAUAAUAUUUGAUAGCGACAUCGAAUAAGAAUUGAAAACUCACCAAUACAUUAUGAUGCAACAAUGACUUUCGCUUCCCAUUCACCUGCACAUUUCAUAAAUGUUGUUUUCAUAAACAUAAAAGUUGAUUUUAUUGUCGGCUUCCAUGAUAAGUGUAUAUAAAAAUGCAAUAAUAUACUUGUAUAUACUUACAAAUAUCACAUUUUUAUUCUACUUUUGAAUCGCUUAUUUUCCUUUUGUUUUCAAAUUUUAUGUACAAUAUGGAAAAUCUUGAUGUUAUUGUCAUGUAAUAAUUGUAAAUCAAUUAGUUCACGAGGGAAUUAAUAGUUAUAUGAUUUUUUUAAAAUAUUUUGCACAAGAUGGAAAAUUAACGCACGCCAUAUAUGUCUUACGAUAAAGUAUUAGACUUCUCACUAGUUUAAAUUUUUGAAGAAAAAAAAAGAUCGAAAUAAAAAACUUCAGAUGAUGGUAUAUUUUGUUUUCCUCGAUUGUACGUCUCAAUACCGGGUGUUAUCAAGUAUUGUAGAUUCACUGCGUAUAUCAUUGAGGAAAAAUGUAAGUACGUGGGUUUUUCAUCUUUAUUUAAAAACGCUUUAAUCUAUAUCAUUAAGUACAGAAAAGAUUGAGUAAAAUGGAUGGAUGCCAAAAGAUGUAGCGUUAUGCUUGAUAUAUUAAAUUAUGGUCUUUAUAUUUGUAGAAGAUUUAAUUGAAUAUUAAAGUUAGUACGUACACUACGUAACAACCAUAUUCUAUCUUAAGUUUUGAUUUAUGUUUAUUGCUUGUUUUCUUACUUGUAAAAAUGUAAUCAUUUAAUUACUGCAAAUUUCAAAUGAUUUCUUACACCUUCACUAGUUUAAUUGUUCACAAUAAAUUAAAAAAAACAUA